AUGAUCGUUCAGACAGUAUCGCCGACCUCGGACACUCUGAAAUAUCAGACACUCUGGGCGGUCUUGCAGUCGGCGGUCUACAUGGUCGAGGUUGACUUUCUCGAAGGGCCUAACAAGGACAAAUGCCACGUGGUAUUAGGUUUGCGGUUUGACCCACCGGUCCGUAUUGUGGCACAACGAGGAGUGCAGGGUAUCAACUUCUCCCGUGCCGAACUCUCGGUGGAAAAGCAGGGCGCCGUAUUACAAUCCGGCGGGAAGGUGGGAUGCGUCAAGCUCAAACUUCGCACCUACAAUUCCGUGGCAAGAUCUUCCCAAGCGCGCUUCGCCUUCAACACGCCCGAUAUCUCGCUACUCGACUUCAUGGACGUUGUAUUCGGUACUCAUUAUAAUAUGGACCCCAUCUUCCAGAUCAAUCUGGGUCUCUUCAAUUUUUCCAUGGUAUAUAACGAGGAUGCUGAAGAUGAGUUGGAAGUCGGAUGCCGAGACUGGAUAUCCCAGGUCUUCAUUCGGCUACACCACUUGGGGUGGGUCGAAUGGUGGGUUGACACCAGCAUCCCCCAAAAUGCCGACAUCGUAGCGAAAUUAACGCCCAAUCCCGACUUCGACGUCAAGCGGUUGGGUGGAACUCUAGGCUUCCACGACAUCAUCAGCAAGGUGUACCAAUGGGAUGGUGGUUAUGACCCCGUCUUCUACCGCGGCUCUAACGUGACGAGAGGCAUAUUUCUCGAUACGGCAGGCUGGAUUGUAGAGUUUGGUCAUUUUACCAGGGACCACACCAACACGUAUGCGAUACCGUACAACACGACGGCCAGCAGCAGCUCUAGUUCCAGCGGGGGCGUCCAGGGCACCGGCGCGGCAAUGCCCGGGAACGUGCAGUUUGCGCCGUCCAUCUCCCAAGCCUUCUUUGCGCAGCAAGGUGGCGGCGAAUCCUCAUCUGCCGGGCAGCAUCAUUUUCCUCAAUAG